AAUAAUUUGUGUGCUUAUUUUGUGUGUGUAAUAAAUGUGUGUGCAACAAGCAGCAAUUCAUUAAAAAUACAGAAAAAAAAAUACAAAUCAAAUCAAAUAAACAAAGAAAUAAAAAGCGCGUUAAUUCGAUUGUAAAAUGUUUGAGCCGUAUGUGAAAAUCAAAAAAAAGCGAAACGUGCACGAAAUUUAUCAAAAUCAAAAUGAGAAUGUCGUCGAUGUUGUUGUCGAUGUGAAUUUGGAGCAACAGCAGCAACAGCCCCAACAACAGCAACAACAACAACAACAGCAACUGUCAAGUGAUAAUUGUUGCUGCCAAAGUGGCCCGCAAAAUAAUGUUGCUAGUGUUAGCGCAUUAAGCAGCGCAUUGCAAGCAGCAACAGCGACGCCAGCAACAACAACAACUGCGAGCAGCAGCAGCAGCAACAAUUGCAGUCGCCUGCAGCAGUUGAUAUCAACGCCUCCAGUAUUACUGCGCAGAUCGUCGCUGUCAACGUCGACGUCGACGUCGGCAUCAGCGUCGCCGUCAGCAGCGGCGUCAACGUUGCCGCAACACCCACACGCUGUUGUGGCAGCUGUGAGCACGCCAACGCCACCGUCGCAGCAGCAACAAGCGGCAGCGCCUUCGGUUUUGCAACAACAUUUGGGUCACCUGAAUUACGAAAGUGGAGCAACUGCAGCAGCAGCAGCAGCAGCGGCAACCAGAAGUGGCACAGCAACAACACUGGCGCAACAUUUGGCAACACCCAGCAGCAUAUUGCAGGCAGCAUUCAGCAACAACAACAGCAACAGCAUUAGCGGCAGCAACAGCAACUUGCAACACAUUUUAACGCGCGCACAAAGUUCCUCCACCUCCACCUCAUCCUCCUCCUCUACCAAUUCCAAUUCAAGCUCCUCAAACAACUGCAGCAGCGCCUGUGCAGGCAACAGGCACUACAACGGUGGCAACAACAAAAACAACAGCAUUAUUGCCAGCCGCCUUUUUGGACCAACUUCGUCUAGUGCCAGCUCCAGUUCAUCAUUAGCUGCAGCGAGUUCAUCAGCCUCUGCCUCUUCCGCCUCUGCCUCAUCGACGUCGCAUCACCUGUCGCCGCAUCACCAUCUGCAUAGCCAUCAUUCCGCGUUGACCAAUUCCAUAACGAAUCGUAUUAAUCAAUCGAUACGGCGGCAUCUCAACCAGCAACAGCAUCAUCACCACAACAACAACAACAACGCCUCAACCUCAACUUCAUCGAGCAGCAGCAGCGGCUCGAAUUCUGCCUCAGUUGCUGCCUCCUCGUCGCACUAUCAACAACAACAGCAACAACAACAUUUUAAUUGCGUGCAUCCUGCACAACAGCAACAUCAACAACAGCAACAACAGCAGCAGCAUCACAGCAACCAUCAUCACCACAGCAGCAAUCACCAUCAACAACAACAACAGCAGCAUCAUCAUCAUCAUCACCACCACCAACAACAUCAACAACAACAACAACAAAAUCAACAACAACAACAACAAUCUCCUCUGUGCCUAGUAUUAUUAGUUAAAUGCCCAAAUUCAAAGGAGUUUUGUAACGCCGCCGCAAAUUUCUGUGAUAAAAGAUUGCCGGUGAACGAAUGUCAGGCAAGCCAAACAGCUAGAGUCACCUCGAACCUGCACGCAUCCAGUAGCACAAUGGCGGUCAGCCGUGUUCCCUCACCGCCCUUGCCGGAAGUUAAUACGCCAGUUGCUGAGAACUGGUGUUAUACGCAGGUCAAAGUGGUUAAAUUUAGUUAUAUGUGGACCAUAAAUAACUUUAGUUUUUGUCGGGAAGAAAUGGGUGAAGUACUCAAAUCGUCCACAUUCUCAGCCGGUGCUAAUGACAAACUAAAAUGGUGUUUACGGGUAAAUCCCAAGGGACUAGAUGAGGAAAGCAAGGAUUACUUAUCAUUAUAUUUACUGUUAGUUUCGUGUAACAAAUCUGAAGUCAGAGCCAAGUUCAAAUUUUCCAUAUUAAAUGCAAAACGUGAGGAAACCAAAGCAAUGGAAUCCCAACGAGCUUAUCGUUUCGUGCAGGGCAAAGAUUGGGGCUUUAAGAAGUUCAUACGCCGCGAUUUCCUUUUGGACGAGGCCAAUGGCCUGCUGCCCGAGGAUAAGCUGACCAUAUUCUGUGAGGUCAGCGUUGUGGCGGACAGUGUGAACAUCUCCGGACAAUCCAAUAUUGUGCAGUUCAAAGUGCCGGAGUGCAAGCUCUCUGAAGAUCUCGGCAAUCUCUUUGACAAUGAGAAAUUCAGCGACGUAACGCUCUCGGUGGGUGGCCGUGAGUUCCAAGCGCACAAAGCCAUUUUGGCAGCGCGCAGUGAUGUCUUCGCGGCCAUGUUUGAGCACGAGAUGGAGGAGCGCAAGCUGAAUCGUGUCGCCAUAACCGAUGUGGAUCAUGAAGUACUCAAAGAGAUGCUUCGAUUCAUCUACACAGGCAAGGCGUCGAACCUAGAAAAAAUGGCUGAUGAUCUCUUAGCGGCUGCUGAUAAGUACGCACUCGAAAAGCUGAAAGUGAUGUGCGAGGAGGCGCUGUGCGUCAAUCUCUCUGUAGAAACAGCAGCCGAAACGUUAAUAUUAGCUGAUCUCCACAGUGCGGAUCAAUUGAAAGCACAAACGAUAGAUUUCAUUAAUACUCAUGCCACCGAUGUGAUGGAAACCUCUGGCUGGCAAAAUAUGAUCACAACACAUUCACAUUUGAUAGCGGAGGCAUUUCGUGCCCUCGCAACACAACAAAUCCCACCAAUUGGACCACCAAGGAAACGCGUGAAAAUGAGCUGAAACCAUAAUGCAGAAGUAAACUGUCAAAUAGCAUCAACAACAACAAAAACAACAACAAGAGCAACCACAAUAACACCAACCAGCAACAACAACAAUACCUACAAGAGCAACAAUAAUAAUUAUAAUAAAGCAAACAAAUGUAAAGCAAUUUUCAAUAGUUGCCUACAAAUUGAAGAAGAAUAUUUCAACAGAUUUCAAACGAAUGCAACAUUAAUUAAGGCAGCUACUAAUAUUAUUAUCAAUAACAACAACUACAGUAAAACAUCAAUAAACUGGCUGCAGCCAGCGGUAGAAGAAGCAACAACAAAUGCAAAAGCAAGCAGCGAAAUGGGUAUAGUUUCCAAAUCGGUUAAUUUUAUUUUCAAUAACUUGAUAAUUGUAAUAUUCUUAUUUUGUUGAUUUAUGAUUAUGUUUAAUGUUUAUUUUUAAGAAACAAAAACAACAAAAAAAAAACGAAAACAAAAAAACAAACAACACAAUGAGAGAACAGAAAAAAACAAAACAAAAAACCGGAAUGCAACAAAUUUAUAAAUAAAAAAAUAAUAUAAAAUGAAA